CAAUGAAUUGCUGGAGUGGGGUGCCUACUUUAUUCAAUUUUCGGGUCCACUCUGUGAGGCUGCUUAAAGCAAAGCACCCUCGAAUUCAAAUACAGUCGGCAGCAGGAACUGACUGGGGUCUGGUCAAAGUGGAACAAGGAUCGGGAACUGGAAAUCUGGCUACCCGCAACACUCUGGACACAGCUCGAGCUCAAGCACCGAGAAAGGAUUCCGGAUUCGGGAUACGGGAUACGGUUUCAAGAGCCCGGCUGUAUCGACAGCUCCGAAGUAGUCCCAAGUCGGUUGGGGGAUCCUCCCAUCGACCAUCGCUACUCCUACUCCUGUCAGCUCCUUUUGCCGGCUUUCGCCAGCCAUUUACUACUCAUUUUACCACUUGAUUGUGUUUGCACAACAUUUCAGAAAGCGUCGCGCCAUCGGCAUUUUGCACUGCAGCAAGCCAGCAACCCAAAAAUGAAACAAAAAACCACAGAAAUUUGAAUCGCAAAGGCGUCACGGGGAGCCAACAUUCGAAGAUGUGAAUUGGAAAUAAUAUAAAUUUUCGGUAAUAUAAAAUGAAGUUAUUAGUUAAAAGCGAACAUAUAAAAGAACUG